CGGAUGUGUACACACUUUUUGUAAAUUUCAUCGCUCUUUCAAACUCCAACAACUAAAUCAGUCCUUUCGCUGGAGAACUGGUUUAAAAUGGGGAGAUAUAAAUGUGCCUACAACUGCGAAAGCUCCAGUGAAUCAGAUGUAAAGUUUUUUAAGUUUCCUAUUUACAAUCCCCGGAAACUGAAAAAAUGGCUCGUCAACAUGAAGUGGAAGGACUGGACUCCCUCCCGCUUCUCUGUGCUGUGCAUCAAUCAUUUUGAGGAGCAGUACAUCGACAGAACAGGCAAAAGUGUGAAACUCAAAGACGUUGCAGUUCCCACUAUAUUUUCAUCCCCUGACAAGACACAGACAAGGAAGGCUUCCAUCAAACCCAGAAGUAAGAGAAACAAGACAUUGGCCUCACAAUCGGAUCCUGGUCAGUCUCAAGCGACCACCCCUGCCACAACAAAGAGAAAUAUCGAGAACACAGAGAGCAGACCAGCAGAGGAAGAGCCUGUGGGAGACAAAGACUCAAUCAAAUCUGACAAGUGGAGGAUUAUAGUAGAUGAAGGGCUGAUGAAGAUUGAGUCAUUUCCCCAUUUCUUCCAUGGAGAUUACUGCGUCCCACGGGAUAUCCAAUGGGCUCCAGAUGAUAAUUUCAGUGCAGAAUGUAAAGAUCCUGAAAAUGUGAUCGAGGUGAAAGAGCCGUGGCAGUGGCUUGGCCUUGAUGUCAGAGGACCCCUGCCCCAAACACUGAACGGACACAAAUACAUCGUGACUGUGACGGAUUACUACUCCAAGUGGGUGGAAGCUGUGCCAAUGCAGUCGUGCCUCCCUCCGCAUGUCGCAAAGCACAUCGUGGACAUCGUCAACCACUUUGGAUUCCCACUCAGAAUCCUCUCCAGGCUUCCUCAUGACAUAGUCCACAAAAUCAACAGAGAACUGAAAGAUCAGCUGAACGUCAGCGUCGCUCUUGUCGUCUAUCAUCAGCAGACAGGCACCGCAGAUCUGAUCACACAGCAGCUGAUUAACAGGAUGAUCAGUGAUCUGAUAGAAGAGCAUGCAGCCGACUGGGAUGUCUACCUGCCCGCCAAGGUUUUCAGUCUGUGUUUCAAAGAGCAUCCACUGACCAAGCAGAGGCCCUUUUCUAUGCUCUGCUGUAGAGGACUGCAGCCUGUCCGAUCCCCGAGAGGACUGGAUUUUGCUUAUUCCAAGAUCCGAGAGAGUGCUUUCGUGGUGAGAUAGAUGGGUCAAUGAGAGUGGAGACCCAAUCGGACGUAUGACAAACAUGGAGGAGGAAUAUUUUGUGGGCCAAGGAAGUAAUCUGACUAUGUCGAGGAUCUUCGCGCUGCAGCUUCAUUGUACUUCACUUCAUGGCUCCAAUUUAGGAACUCUGGAAUCCUGUUUUUUAAAACCUGGACACGGACAUUGCUGACAAGGACAUAUCCUGGAUAUGAAGCUGCAAAUGCCUAUAUUCUCAACCUGUUAAGUCCAAUAUAUGUCCGGGUUUAAGCAGCGUUAAGUCCAAAAAAGAAAGCCAUUUUCAGAUUUGGAUGUGUUUUUUUUUUGGUCAGGUCUUGGCUGGGGCCUUUCUUUGUAGAGUCACCAUGUUUUCUCUGUGUCUUUGGGUACUCUGGCUUCCUCCCACAGUCCAAAGACAUACAGAUGGAGGUUAGGUAGAUUAGAGACCUAAAAACAAGGUGUUAACGUGAGAGUGAAUGGUUGUUUGUCUCUGUAUGUUGCCCUGUGAUCGCUGGUGACCUUUCCAGGGUGCACCCCGGCUCUCACCUAACGUCAGCUUGGAUCGACUCCAGCUCCCCCAUGAUCACUCCAAGAAUAACCAGUAUAUGUGAUGGAUGCAUGGAUUUUAUUGUACAACCAUAAACUGUAAAUGUACAAAAUCUAGUAGAAUUAGAACAGCAGGCAGUUUGUUACCAAGAACAGGCGACCAUGGAUUUCUAUUAUGACUCAAAGUGGAUAAAAGUGAUGGACAGUAAGUAUGAGCUUGAGAUAUUGGAGGCUGAUAGUUACAGCAUUUAUUUUUACAUUAGGAUGUGUCUUGUGAGCUGGCCUCCUGUUUUCAUGAAUGGUCAUUUUAAGGCAGAGUCAGUCCAGAGAUUAGAAAUGUCAAAUUUCAAGCAGUUGUGCAGGAAUUAGUUUUUGAAGUUUUUGUCUAUAAAAUAGAAAAAAACAUAUCAAUAAACUUUCCUUUCUGAACAAAAGGAGUGAGACAAUAAAAUUCAUGUGUAAAUUCAA